AUGACAUCGAUCCCUUCGCGAGGGACGAGCCCGUGCGUUGUACCCAGCUGCAAUCAUCGUACUGCGUACAACAAAAAACUGUCGUGGCACUACUUUCCCAAGAAGGAUCCCCUGCGCAAGCUCUGGAUACAAGCCCUUAUCCAGAACACUGUGCUACCGGAGUCAUGGGAGCCUAAACCCAAACAAAGGAUCUGCGGCGCAAUGGUGCAAGCUGCACCUGAACAUUCAAAUGCAACAAAUGGUACCAAGCCCAGGCAGCUCGAAGAUGUAAAUGCAAAGCUCACUGAUGAAUGUUCACGGCUACGAGAAGCAGUUUCGAGCCUUCAUGAAAAGAAUGCAGCGCUGCAGAACGUGAAUGUAGGGUUGGCACAGGUAAAUGACGACCUGCGUCAGAGGAACCAGAAGCUUGAGUGCCGUAUCACUGAACUCGAAACAGCUGCUGAACUACAAGGCCAUGAACUGGAAAAGCUCCAUGCAACACUGGCCACAGCUGGUGAAAAGUUCUCCAAGGAACAGCAGGAGUUGAAGUCUUAUGUUUGUGACUUGGAGAUGAAACUAGAACGGAGCAGUUCCACUCAAAAGCUCAGUACCAGGUGCACCCCCGCCCGUGUUCUCUCCGACGAUGAAAAGCUUCAUUUUUACACUGGGUUUAAUGGUCUGGAGCGCUUGAAAAGGUUUUGCAGCUUUGUUGAGGCAGGCUAUGAAGACUACAAGAACGCUUGCACCGAGAGUCCAUCAAACAGAGGUAGGAAUCGGGUGUUUUCUGUGGAGGAGCAGCUCAUCAUUGUUCUCAUCAGACUCAGGGUGGGACUACUGGAACGGGACCUGGCAUCUAGAUAUGAUGUCAGUUUAGCGUACAUGAGUGAACUGUGCUCAUUUUGGACUGAAUUCUUGAGCAACUACUUGGAACAGACACCGAUAUGGCCUUUCAGAGAGACCGUGAAUGACUUUAUGCCGGAAGUAUUCAAGGAAUCAUACCCAACAACUACAGUCAUCUUGGACUGCACAGAACGCUUCAUUGAGACCCCGAGUGACCUCCGGGUUCAAAGUGAUACUACUCGUCAUAUAAGUCGCAUAACACAGCAAAGGGUCUCAUCGGUAUUGCUCCAAAUGGGUUUGUUACAUUUGUAA